AAAACAACGACGUAGCUAACAGACUUACCGAGUGCAGCUGUAUUUUAUGUUAGAUGAUGAAAAAAUAGCAACUGUACCAUCGAGGAGUGAUGAAAUGCUAGUAAACAUGGCAGCAAGUCUGUCAUGAACUCAUGCAUUCAUUGACACUGUAGGUCUUACCUAGUUGUUAGUGCAGAUAAGACUCGUUAUGGUUAUUCAUGCAGGUUUUGUAAGUUAACGUGGAACUAAUUUAAGUUUGAUGAUACGUUACUGAGGAAGUUGUUCUUGGAUCAAAUUUCAGAAAGGUCUUCAAAAUCCUCAUAAAUCCAACCCAAGGAUCAGGACCUUGCAAGAAGGAUCUCACAAGUUAGAUCACACUUAGUGGUGAAUAAGUACCACACCAUUGGUGCAUGUUAAAUGAUCUUGUCAUUUCAGUGUGAAAUCCUCAUGAGGUGAUGCUGCAUGCGUUGCGCUGUCCUCUGCAGAGGACCAGCAUCUCUCUGCGAUGGACAUGUCAGCGCUCCCUCUGCUCCACAAAGCCUCGCUCUGUUCAGGGAGAAGACUCCACAGAGACCCGCCUGAACCCCCUUAACAUUCAGAUGUUGUCAAGGAACCUCCAUGAGCAGAUAUUUCAUGGUCUGGAACCAGAGUACAGAGAGGAUAGUGUGGCACGCAGCAUCGGGCACCUGCAGAAACACAACCUGUGGGGGAAGGAGGCGUCACUGUUACCUGAUGUGGAGCUGAAGCUUCCCCAAAUGCAUGGAAACAAUAUUGAUGAGCACUUUCGAAUCUUGGCUGAGAAGCAGAGUCUUCCCUAUCUCGAAGCUGCCACCAAGCUGCACCAGGCUGAGCUCCCUCCAAUGCCACAGGAAUGGAGUUUUGAGGGUGGGUGGACCUGCUAUGGACCCAAUGGGGAGAAUAGGAGGGUGGAUUUCCCAGAGGAGUCGGCGCUGGUGUUUGAUGUGGAGGUGUGUAUGACUGAGGGGCGGUGUCCAACGUUGGCUGUAGCUGUGUCUCCCACAAACUGGUACUCUUGGUGCAGUAAGCGUCUGAUCGAAGAGCGAUACAGCUGGUCAAACCAGCUCACACUAGCAGACCUCAUCCCACUGGAGACAUCUUUAAACUCUGCCCGCCCUCCAGGAGGUCAGUGGAAGGAGAGGCUCAUAGUGGGCCACAAUGUCAGCUUUGAUCGAUCUUAUAUUAAGGAGCAAUACCUACUAAAGGGUUCUAAAGUUCGCUUCUUGGACACCAUGAGCUUUCACAUGGCAAUCUCUGGGCUCACUGGGUUUCAGCGCACACUAUGGAUGGCCAACAAACUGGGAAAAGGGAGGGGUCUUCAGGAGGUGAAGGAGCACAUCAGAAAGACUGGACAGAAAAAGGAGGGCCCGACAAUUGGCUCCUGGAAUUGGGUGAAUAUAAGUAGUAUCAAUAACCUGGGUGACGUCCAUGCUCUGUAUGUGGGAGGGCCACCGCUGCAGAAAGAGGUCAGAGAGACCUUUGUGAAGGGAAGCAUGGUGGAUGUCAGGAACAACUUUCAGGAGCUGAUGCGGUACUGCGCCAUGGACGUUGAAGCCACGCAUCAAGUCUUCACAGAACAGCUACCGCUUUUCCUGGAGAGGUGCCCCCACCCUGUGACGUUAGCAGGAAUGCUGGAGAUGGGGGUGAGCUACCUUCCUGUCAACCAUAACUGGAAGCGUUACCUGGAAGAUUCAGAGGACACUUACGAAGAGCUCCAGAGAGAGAUGAAGAAGUCUCUGAUGGCUCUAGCAGACGAUGCCUGCCAGCUGCUGCAGGAUGACAGGCACAAAGAAGACCCCUGGCUUUGGGAUCUGGAGUGGGAUGUGCAAGAGUUCAAGCUGAAGAAAGUAGCAGUGAGCAAGAAGAAAAAAAACGCUCAAAAACAAACUGCUACUCCUCUUCCAGACUGGGAAGAAGAUCCAGGCCCCCCCUCCGAAGAGGAGUUGGCUGGCCCGUGCCCCAGCAGACUGGCUGUGGAGAAACUGAAGGAAACUGUGAAUCAACUUCCCAAGAAAAGACAACAUCUGCCAGGGCACCCGGAGUGGUACCGUAAGCUGUGUGAGAAGAUGUCUGAAGAUGACAGCUGGUCACCUGGAGCCAGCCUCAUCAGCCUACAAACGAGGGUGACGCCAAAGCUCAUGGGUCUAACGUGGGAUGGUUUCCCACUGCAUUACACAGAGAAACACGGCUGGGGCUACCUGGUACCUGGACGCAGGGAUAACAUUGUAUCUGAGGAGGAAAGCGCUGGGCUUGUGUGCCCACACAGAACCAUUGAGAGUAUUUACAGAGAGUACUGUGAGCAGAAGAACAAAACUCCGCCUGAAUAUGAGGACUGUGAACCUUCAGAGGGCCUCAUGUUUACUGACAGUACAGUGUGGGCCAAGGUGGAGCAGUUAAGUUCUCUGGAAAAUCUGACAGAGGAAAACGGGGUCAGGGUGAUGAAAAAUGGGGAAAGGAAAAAGCAGUCCAAAGAGCCGCACAUCACCCCAGAAGGAAGUCAGUGCCAAUAUCACCAUGGUAAUGGCCCUUAUAAUGAUGUAGAUAUCCCUGGUUGCUGGUUCUUCAAACUGCCUCAUAAGGAUGGAAAUCACAACAAUGUGGGCAGCCCUUUUUCUAAAGACUUCCUGUCAAAGAUGGAGGACGGCACUCUCAGGGCAGGGCGGGGUGGAACCAACGCCACACGAGCUUUAGAAAUCAACAAAAUGAUGUCCUUCUGGAGGAAUGCACAUAAACGUAUAAGCUCUCAGAUGGUGCUGUUACUACGAAAGGGAGAGCUUCCCCACACUGUCAGCAGACACAAAGAUUUUGAUGAAAAGGGUCAGUACGGUGCCAUAUUACCUCAGGUCAUCACCGCUGGGACGGUAACACGGAGGGCUGUGGAGCCAACGUGGCUGACUGCGAGUAACGCUCGGAAGGAUCGGGUGGGCAGUGAGCUGAAGGCCAUGGUGCAGGUGCCUCCUGGAUAUCACCUGGUGGGAGCAGAUGUUGACUCUCAGGAGCUGUGGAUUGCUGCAGUGUUGGGAGAGGCACACUUUGCUGGCAUGCAUGGGUGUACAGCGUUUGGAUGGAUGACCCUCCAGGGGAAGAAGAGUCAGGGCACUGACCUGCAUAGUCGCACUGCUGACACGGUGGGAAUCAGCCGAGAGCAUGCCAAGGUGUUCAAUUACGGGCGAAUUUAUGGAGCAGGGCAGCCCUUCGCUGAGAGGCUCCUAAUGCAGUUCAACCACCGCCUGAGUCAGAUAGAAGCUGCCAGCAAGGCCAGGCAGAUGUACGCGUUGACAAAGGGCACACGCAGAUAUCAUCUCUCAGAGGAGGGAGAUUGGCUGGUUCAUGAGCUGGAUAUAGAGGUGGAGAGAGAGGAGAAUGGAGCCAUCACCCUGGAGGAGUUGCGGAGGAUCACCAGAUUAGCCACAAAGAGCUCUAGACGAAAGAGAUGGGAAAUGGUCGACAAGCGUUUUUGGGCUGGAGGAACAGAGUCGGACAUGUUCAAUAAGCUGGAGAGCAUUGCUCAUUCAGCCGAGCCAGCCACUCCUGUUCUGGGCUGCAGGAUCAGCAGAGCACUGGAGCCCAAAGUAGUAAAGGAUGAGUUUAUCACAAGCAGAGUAAACUGGGUGGUCCAGAGUUCUGCAGUGGACUAUCUUCAUCUGAUGCUAGUGGCCAUGAAGUGGCUCUUUGAGGAACAUGACAUUGACGGCCGCUUCUGCAUCAGCAUCCAUGAUGAGGUGCGGUACCUCGUCAGUAGCAAGGACCGAUACCGAGCAGCGCUGGCUCUUCAGAUCACAAACCUGCUCACAAGGUGUAUGUUUGCUCAUGCAUUAGGGAUGCAGGAUCUUCCUCAGUCUGUAGCUUUCUUUAGUUCAGUCGACAUCGACCAGUGUCUGAGGAAGGAGGUGGACAUGGACUGUGUGACCCCCUCCAACCCCACAGGACUGGAACGGAGAUACGGCCUUCCAUCAGGUGAGGCUUUGGACAUUUACCAAAUCAUCAACAUCACUAAAGGCUCUCUGAACAAAGGGAGACAGAGGUUGGUGGGUGGAGCUUCGUUAUCAGAACAGUCUGAAGUGCCGACAGGCGGCUCAGCAGCUGAACCAGCCUAA